AUGGCGGAAGCAGGUAAAAGUAGCCGGAAUCCUGAUAAGGAUGGAAAAGACAGUCUUGUAGUUCAACUUGCAGAUGAGAAGCACUGGGAUGAUCUUGUUAUUAUUAUUGCUGUGGUAAGUUCAAGGCAGAAGGAAACGAGUAGCACCACUGGAAUGCGUGAAACAGUUGAAACUAGUUUGCUUUUAAAACAUAGAGAAAAGGAAAUAGUACCAAAACGCAUACUACAAAUGGAAGGAGCCAUAAAAAAUCGUGAUUUUGCAUCUUUUGCCCAGUUGACCUGUACUGAUAGUAACCAGUUUCAUGCUGUUUGCCUGGACACAUCUCCCCCAAUUUUCUACAUGAAUGAUACAUCCCAUAAGAUAAUCAGCAUUGUCGAAAAGUGGAAUCGCUCUGAAGGAACAACUCAGGUGGCAUAUACUUUUGAUGCGGGGCCAAAUGCUGUACCGAUUGCGCGUAAUAGAAAGGCUGCUACCCUUUUGCUUCAGAGGCUGCUCUUCUACUUCCCUCCAAAUGCAUCUUCGGGUUUGGAUAGUUACAUCCUUGGUGAUAACUCAAUUCUAAAAGAUGCUGGGCUUGAGGGGAUGAGGGAUGUGGAAGAUUUGCCACCACCUCCAGAAAUCAAGGACAGCAUUCCUUCCCAGAAAUACAGGGGGGAUGUUAGUUAUUUCAUCUGCACGAGACCUGGCAGAGGCCCAGUUUUGCUUUCUGAUAAGAGUCAGGCUCUUCUCAACCCCAAAACCGGGCAGCCUAAGUAAAUUUGGAUUAAUUGUUAUCUUGGGCUAAUCUUCCUUGUCUCUAUGAGCCUGGAGUAUUUCACUCAGAUAUCUUCUACACUGUGCCUGUGCUCAUGGUAAAAUGACUAUCUGAAAGAAUUUGCUGCUUGUGUUGCUAUGUCAUGUAAUUGUAAUUUUUUUUUUUUUGUCUCCUGGAUAAUUUAAUAGGGUUUAUGCCCUCUCAUAGUCUUAUGAGACGGUUAAAAAUAAGUUUGUAUUGUCUUUUGACAAUUUCAGCUGUAACUUGGAAGGCUUGAAGUUGUAACUAUUUCGGUCUAUGCCCGGUAAUUGUUUGAAUAAGAGUUAUCAUUUUCUUUU